CCCACUCUUUCACUACUCGACGCUUCAAACUACACCGCCACCAACAAAUGGAACAAGACCUCCUCCCCCAAACCGUCUCCGGCCACCAAAACGACGCCGUCGACGAUGACGACGCACCCACUCUAAGCCUUCAAGCCUUACAAGCUCUCAAGGAGUUCCUCACCGAGCAAAGCCACUCCCUAAACGACACCGCCGCCGAAACACCUCCGGCGUCGGCGCCGGCUCUCAUUUCGGAAGACUGGCGGAUGAGUCAGUUCUGGUACGACCACCACACGGCCCAAACCCUAGCCCAAGAGGUCCUCACUCUCUGCAAAUCGGACUCCACUCGUGUCGCCUGCGUCGCCUGUCCUUCUCUCUACGCCUAUCUCAAGAAUAUUGAUUCAAAUGUGUCUGUACAAUUGCUGGAGUAUGAUACAAGGUUUGAGCAAUACGGCAGUGAUUUCACGUUUUAUGAUUAUAAUCAACCGGAAGAUUUACCUUUAGAGCUAAAGAAUGGCUUUGAUAUUGUAGUUGCUGAUCCUCCUUAUCUGAGUCAGGAGUGCUUGGAGAAAGUCGCUAAAACUGUUUCGUUUCUUGCACGAUCGGAAAAACCAUACUUGCUCCUCCUCACAGGGGAGGUGCAGAAAGAGAGAGCAGCUGAGCUCAUGGGAUUGCAUCCAUGUGGUUUCAGGCCUUGCCACUCCAGCAAAUUAGGAAAUGAGUUUCGGCUUUUCACAAGUUACGAUCCUGAGGCUAGAAUAGGAGGGUGGGACAAUUAGCAACUCCCUUCUCAUGUGACAUGACACUGAUUCAACAACUAUGCAGUUGAAAUUUGUUGCCUGCCAAGUGCAUUUUAGGUGCUAGGAAGAUUCUGAAUUUUGUGGUGAAAGCAGUGCAGUAUGGAUUGCCCUUUUAGUCUGUGUUAUUAUUCCUUGUAGUACUUCCAAUUCCUCAAAGCCCCAACCGUCUUUUUGAGGCCAGAGUUUAAUGUGCCAUGUUGACUUGCAUCAUGUGUAUGGAUGUGCUUUUGUUUAUUGAAUACAAAAUCCAGUUCCUC